AUAAAAGGAAAGUAGUAUCUAUCUCAUUUUAGAAACAAAAAUCAAUUUCAUUUCCCUGCUCUCUCUUCGAAAAUGUCGAAAUCUCCAUGGGGUAAUAUCGGCGCUUGGGCUGCCGAAGCCGAACUUGCCGAAGCCGAAGAAAAAGAAGCCGAAGCUGCCGCAGCGGCAGCGGCAGCAGCAGCCGCCGCAGCGCCACCGCAGAGCUUCCCUUCCUUAAAGGAAGCCGCCGCUGCUACCACCAAACAGAAGAAGAAAACAAAGAUGAGCUUACAACAGUUCACAUUAGGGUCCCGACCCGGAUCCGGCUCCGGAUCCGGAUCCACUAGCCGGUUAACACCUGAUGAGAUGCUUCGCCUUCCUACUGGCCCGAAAGAACGAUCUCCUGAGGAAAUGCAAUAUGGUGGUGGUCGUCUUGGUGGUGGGUUUUCGAACUACGGUGGUGGGACACGUGGCAUGGGCGGCCCCCCUGGUCCGGGUCGGGUCGGAAGAGAUCGUGAAGGUGGUGGGUAUGGGGGAUUUGAUGAUGAUCGAAGGGGGGGCCCGCCUUCUAGGGAUUUUGAUCAACCAUCUAGAGCUGAUGAGGCUGAUAAUUGGGCUUCUUCUAAGAAAGCAUUCCCCCUUGGUUCGGGCCCCGGCCCGGCCCGUUCGAAUCGGUAUGAUUCGUUGGGAAGUGGUGGGAUAUCUAGGGCUGAUGGGGAUGACAAUUGGGGUGCGUCGAAAAAGCAGCACCCCAAUGUGGGCCCACCACCACCACAAGGAGGGAGGUCUUGGUUCCCUGAUUCGGGCCCGAGGCCUGAAACGGAGCGUUGGUCUCGUGAGGGGAAUCAUGAGAGGCAGAGAUUGGUUCUUGAUCCACCUAAGAUGGAAAUGGGAAGUGAAAAUGUGGUGGUGAAAGGGAAUAGGCCGAAUCCGUUUGGGGCGGCGAGGCCAAGAGAGGAGGUGUUGGCUGAGAAAGGAUUGGAUUGGAAGCAACUGGAUAAGGAAAUUGAGGUGAAGAAGGGAAUGGGAAGUAGACCAACGAGUUCGCAAUCGAGUAGGCCCGGGAGUUCACAUUCGGCCCGUUCUGAAGGCCUAACAGCAUUGGAUGGUGGUGUUGUUAAACCUAAGCCAAAGGUUAAUCCUUUUGGAGAUGCAAAGCCUAGGGAAGUUUUGCUUGAGGAAAAAGGUUUAGAUUGGAGAAAGAUUGAUUUGGAGUUGGAGCAUCGACGCGUUGACAGACCAGAGACAGAAGAGGAAAAGAAUCUGAAAGAAGAAAUAGAGAAGCUCAGAAAGGAAGCUACAGAGUGCUCAGAAGAGGACAAGACUAAUUUACAGAAUGUGAUUAAUCAGAAAGAGAGGGACUUGGAACUGCUGAUCCGUGGUUUGGAUGACAAAGUUCGUUUCAGUCAGAAACCCAUUCAAAGGCCAGGCUCUGGGUCAGGCAGGGUUGGUGGGCUUUCUGAUAGGGGCUUUUCUCAGCCAGCAUCUUAUGAGGAUCGUAGAGCUGGUGAUCAGAUGGACAGGCCUAGAUCACGCGGUGGAGGAGAUGCAUGGGCAAGGCCAAAUGACCAAAUGGAGAGGCCUCGAUCACGUAGUGGUGUAGAUGCGUGGGCCAGGCCAAAUGAACAAGUGGAGAGGCCUCGAUCACGGGGUGGUGGAGACGGAUGGGCAAGGCCAGGUGAUGAGAGAAGAUCUUUCCAAGGAGGAAGAGGAGGAUAUUUUGGCAGCCGGGAGUCUGAUAGGACAAGAUCCGGGAACAGAUGGUGAUCUUCAAGUACUGUGGAUUCUUUGGCUUCUCUUGCCUGCUUUUUUUGUCCUCUGACAAAUUAGAACAGAAUAAUAUAUUUCGACUUCCAUCUUGUUUGGCUUUUAGUUUUGCUGCAAGGAUGAUGCUAGAAUUACCGAGUGUUGAUAUGAGCAUUUUUGCGGUGGUUAAUUGUCUCGUCUCAAAAUUGUGCAGAAGUGCAUUUUUCCUCCAUUUCUCUUUGGAGGCAGUGUUUAUUGCACCAAAUGACUAAUGUAAGGUGCAUUUGUGGUCAUACUUUUGGUUCUCUUUUUCUCUUAUCCUUUUAGUAGGAGAUACCUUUUAAAGGCUUUGCUUAUUUCGUUAAACAAUGGUUCCCGUGUAUUCAAAUUUUUGUGCUUGA